AUGCUGUCCGAUAUCCAGACCGAGACCCCGCCGGAGAACCUCGCCGCCCUGGCCGAGACACACUACUUUGCUGCCAACCCUCCCCCGAAGGACCUUGAGAAACAUGUUGCGCUGGCUCGCGAUUUCAUCGACUACCACUCCGCCGCUGGAAAGCGGCUGGUGUUGAUUACUUCGGGGGGGACAACAGUGCCUUUGGAAAAGCAGACAGUCCGGUUCAUCGACAACUUCUCUGCUGGGACUCGCGGAGCUACGAGCGCUGAAUACUUCCUGGAAGCCGGAUACGCAGUUUUGUUCCUACACCGCCAAUUCUCUCUCCUCCCGUUCUCGCGCCAUUACAGCCAUGCGACCGACUGUUUUCUUGACUUCCUCCGGGAAGGUCCCGACGGCAGUGUCGUCGCUCGGGAUGAGGAUGCUUCCAAGAUGUUACACGUCUUGAGGAAGUACCGCGACGCACGCGACCGCAAUAUGCUGCUCCUCCUGCCGUUCGUCAGUAUCUCGGACUACCUGCAUGAACUCCGCAGCGUUGCACAACUAAUGCGGCCGCUUGGUCCCCGAGGGUUGCUGUACCUGGCCGCUGCCGUUAGCGAUUUCUUCGUCCCUCCGGAACGCAUGUCCGAACACAAAAUCCAGAGCACCGACGCCGUUGAUGCUUUGAAAAAGAGCCAAGGGGUCAAGGCCCGGCCACCGUCCGACGAGGAAGAAACAUUCGACAACUUCGACUCGUCUCCUACCGUGCCCAGAAGCAAGAGCCUGGUCAUUGAUCUUGACCCGGUACCCAAGUUCUUGAAGAACCUGGUCGAAGGCUGGUCACCGCAGGGCAUGAUUGUGUCCUUCAAACUCGAGACGAACCCCGCCAUCCUAGUCCACAAGGCCAAGUACUCGCUUGAUCGCUACCAACAUCAUCUUGUGAUUGGCAACCUUUUAUCUACACGGAAGUGGGAAGUUGUGUUCGUCUCGCCUGGGAACCCAGAUCGCUGGAUCCGCGUGCCAAGUGGGGACGGGGUUGAAGACGGCGCGCCGGUGGUCGAUACGGAGAAGGACGAGCCUGCCGACCCCAAGAGCUUGCCCGAAGGCGAGCCUGAGGUGGAGAUCGAGAGCCUCAUCAUCCCGGCGGUCCAGGACUUGCAUUCCAAGUAUAUCCGGACGGUCGAGGAGAGGGCUAAUGCGUGA